AAAGGAGCAGUGUGAAAUAAUGGUGGCCCUGGUGGGCGCACAGCGGAACUUGGCCGUCCGUCUCAAGCAUUCUGGUUCAGGCCGACCUGGAGCAGCUUCCAUUUUGCCCGUAUUCUACACACACGCGUAACCAUUUGGCUUGCAGGCCUUUCUUUCUGCUCCGUGGGAUGGCGGUCCAGAAGGCACCUUGGACCGUGUGGUCCGUUGUCGCAUUCGUUCUCAGCCUCAGCGUCCCCACGGCGACCUCGAUCAGUGUGAGCUCCACGCCGAAGUGCGUAGAUGACGACGCCCAAAUUAUCCCGGAUUGCGCUGGCAAGCGGCAUCGGCGUCACUAUUAGUGGUUGUGUUGAGGUGCAGCCUUAUUGCAAAGAUGCGGCGUAUGGCAGCACUGUGAACGCGACCUGCCCUGCAACGUGCGGCUCCUGCAGAGUGGCCAGCCGCAGCAGAUCCCAGGCGGCGAAGGUGCUGAUGGACAGGAGCCCCACGGGCUCCCGGGACGCGGAUGAUCAGCAGUCCUUGGACAGGUCUUUGGCGGCGAAAGGGCCCGACCCGACGCCGAGGCCGACGCCGAGGCCGACGCCGUGGCCGACGCCGUGGCCGACGCGGUGGCCGACGCCGAAGCCGACGCCGUGGCCGACGCCGUGGCCGACGCGGUACCCGACGCCGAGGCCGACGCCGUACCCGACGCCGAGGGCGACGCCGUACCCGACGCCGAGGCCGACGCCGACGCCGUAUCCGACGCCGAAGCCGACGCCGUAUCCGACGCCGAAGCCGACGCCGAACCCGACGCCGAACCCGACGCCGUACCCGACGCCGAACCCGACGCCGAA